GUGUGCACUGUUCUCGCCAGUCGUCACUGAAUAUUAGCAGUUGUGCAUAAUCAUCAACAACAAGAAAAUUUUGCUUGCUGGUGCCGUUAAUGACUUCUAGACAACCUGACAUUAAUAGCAAUCAAUCUCAGCUACAUUGAUAGGAUUUACAGACACCUGUUUGAUUGGAGCAUCCAGCCAUCCACCCAUGUCAGGUGAUUUAUUUCUUCUUCCUUCUUCUUUAAAUCUUCUCUGCCCUCGUGUACAUUCAUUUGAUUGUAUUAUUCAGGAGGACGCCUUUCAUCCCAUUCCGUCCGCUGUAAUCAACUUUUCUUCAGAUGGAGAAUUUUAAAAAAGGGUGGUUUUUCCAAGACUUUCUAGGUAGGAACAUUUAUCCAUAUUUUUUACACUAUUUGGUUUCGUUGAUAAUCGUUAAAAUAUCUCCCAACUGCAUAUAGGUAGGAUAAAUCAAUUAGCAAAUACUUUAGUCAGGGAAAAUUUUUUGCGUGGUAGAAAUUAAUUCAAAGUAUAGAAAUCGUUAAGUUUUUUUAAAGCGAAACAAAUGGAAACCCACAUUAAAGAAAGCAAUGAUUUAUCUAAAGGCAGGUAGACCCUUCUUUUCUGUUGGAAUAAGAAAAAGCCAAAAAGUGUUUGCAUAAAAAAAAAAAUAGAAAAGGAAACUUCUAACUUCGGUACCUUUCGUACUCGUAUGAUCUCGAGCUCAGUCUGGGUAGUAUGGUACACGCAGAAUCCUGAAGAUAGAAUCCAGGUAGUCCUCCCAACCAGUGAAGGUGUCUGUAUGUCCGCCGUGGCGUUUUCUUAAUCCAGCUUCCAUGUACGUCAAAGUAUCUUGCUCAACCGACUGUUUGGGUGAUAAGAACCCCCAUACACUCGCAACGAUGUUAAAAUAGGACGAAAAAAUGCUUCGUCGAGUCGUUGAAUAGUGAACAGAAAUCAUUAGGAUCAUUGUGGUUUCUAGCAGUAUACCUAAUACGAACAGAUAGUGAAAAACAAACGCAAUAACAGCGAGUUUGCGCGUACUACAUCCGUGGAUGGAGCGGUGAUUUUUGUAUACCGUAUUUAGAACACACACGGCCGAAGUCAAAUCAAUCAUCACGGCAGAAGCUGAUGUAUUGACUACUAAUCAUAAAUUAAUCAAGAAAUUAUAUUACAUGUUGAUAGCUCUCAGUUAGCAGAUAGGCGAGGAGAAAAGAGGUGUAACGUAAUAUGAUAAGGUAAACGAGUUUGGGAAAAAGAAAGCUGUUGAAAACUGGAAAAACUGAUGCAAUAUACAGUUAUAAAAACUGUUUUUUACACGCAACACAUACACGUAAGAUGGAAGGACUAUUAGGCAAUAAUUUUAUUUCAUUUACCUUCCUUAUAGUUCGAUUGUUGCUAAGAAAAAUACUUUCUUUUCUUUUGCAUGACGCGACAUUCCAAUUUGAAAAACAUAAGGAUUAUGUAACUCGGGUUUAAUGUCGAUGUAAUUUAAAACGGAAAUCAGUUCCCUUUGUCUGUGGACUUGCGGAGUUCCCCGUCUAUUCCUGUUUGUUUACUUUCAAUUGGGCUGCCCAAGUCCAAAACUGUGGUAGAUGCAAGGUCAUUUUAUGAAGUAAACGAGUUUUACAAAUAAUAUUCCUUUUUCAACAGCACACAUCAUCCUUGAUUGUUGAUUCUGGGGUGUAGUCAUUUAUAAAUUAUAAAUAAAAAAAAAGGAACUAUCUGCCAAGGUGAAAUGCAAAUAAGUAACAAUUCGAGCGUUUCCUGUCUUUUCGGCGAGUAUAGCCAGAUAGUGCAAGCGGUUGAUACAGCUCAGUUGGAUAUCUUCAUUACUGAGCUCCAGUUGAGGAACAAUGAAAGCUUUGUCAUUGGUUUGUUUGUUGGCGUUGGCGGCGAUGGUCAGCACUGCGCCGCAGGUCCCUAUACCUAUCAGCAACGACAACUCCAAGUCGAAAUCCAUUGAGGAGAUCAAACCCAUCGCCCCGACCGUUCCAGUCCCUGGAGUCACCCCUGCAGAAUCCAAGCCAAAGGAAUGGUUAUCCUCCACUUCAACUGUUGCCGAUAGGUCUCGUUGUCUUAAGGAUUAUCGCAAUAAAAAUUCUGAUGCCCCACCACCGAGCGCGGCAAAUAUUACCUCCCCCACCCAUCGUUACCCAUUCGUGGUGUCAAUUUUUCAUUACUCAGAGGAUGAAGGAUACCAUUUUCAUUGUAGUGGAUCUUUGAUUAGUCCAACUAAAAUACUGCUGAUAGCCAAUUUCUGCUUAUACUAUAAUCCUACAUAUAGAAUUACUUACCCCGUGGAAAACCUAAAAGUUAGGCUUGGCACGCAGUUCUUGAACGAGACGACAAGCGAUGCCCAGGUGACAAAGAAUGUCAAAGAAAUCAAUCUUCAUGAUGACUUGUAUUUUGGCCUCGCGAUUUUGACGAUGGAUUCACCUGUGGAAUAUGCGGACACCAUUUCCCCCAUUUGCUUGGUGCCAGAUUGCUUCGACGACGAUAGCGGUCAAUCAGUAAUUGCCAUGGGAUGGGAAUAUUCACCCCGUCCCCAUGAAAUAGAUACAAAAAAUUCUGCUUUCCUGGGAUUAGUGCGCCUUUCUACGCUUCCAAUGAAAACAUGCUUAACCAAAGAUGUUGAUGGUAAUCAUAAUGAGAAUCUAGAGCUUUGUGCCCAAAAAGAAUGUGGCGAUUUUUGCCGCAACUACCGCGGUGGCCCAGUGGUCAUUGAGAAUAAUUCCCGAGAUAAUACGUCAUGUCGUUUCAUGCAAGUCGGUGUCUUCGAUCAUUUCGCUGACGACAUCGACGUGGGUAGUUUUCUUCGAAUCAAAAACUAUUUGCCUUGGAUUGAGAAGAACUCGAAAUAAUUUUAUUUAGUCUUUUCAACUGUUAGAAAUGCGCUUGAGAUGUUGUAACUAAGCAAUAAUCCCAGACAAUUAUUGUCGAGCAUCGUUUAUUUUAUUAAUUCCGUUUUUUUUUACACGGGAAUGCAAAUUCAAUCGAUUAUUCGUACCACAGGUAAAGGUAAAAUCCACCGGGCAUCCUUGGGAAUCCAGAAACUCGCCAAGACAGUAGAACUCCUAAUAAGACAGAAGAACUCCACAGACAAUAG